AUGGAGAAGAAAGGGCUGUCAGAAGUCGUUGGAAGACUUAAAUCUAUUAUUUGUUUACCUAGGACGGAUCUGACCAAGACGUUCACUCGCCGGCCGGCCCCGGUGCCCAAGGAUAUCUCGCCCGUGCCGGACAAUUCCACCAAAACUGAUGGUGUUAGCCCAAGACCAAAUGUGCGGUCAACUCGUCAAAAAACGAUGACAAUGGAUUCUUGUGGCACUCAUGAGCUGAGGAGAUUAUUCGCUGAGGCGAGACAAGCCGGUACGUCGUUGGAAGAGCUGGAAGCAAAAAUGGUCGACCUAUUCCGUACGAAAGAAGGCGAAAUGAAUGGACGUCUUGCUAAGAUCAUGGAGCAAAUGGAACAAAUGGAAAAGCACGAUCAUACCAAUAAUGAAGCCAAUCUUUUGGUCUAUAGAAGAUUGGUUGAAGAAUAUCAGACGAUGCUUGAAGAAUUGACGUCCGGAGCAUAUAUUCAUGUGGGACGCCUGGAAGAACAUGGAUACAUGAAGAAUGGCAGCUGCGGAGGAUCAUGCAGAGCGUCCGCGGAGCGAGAUUCAAUCAAAGCGGAGCUCGAUUCCAUGCACGAAGACUACAGCAAGAUCUAUGACAUGUACAAGAAACUGCGUAAAGUAGCUGAAGAUCAAAAGCUCGAGUAUAGUGCAUUGUACGAGAAAUAUGUUGAAAAAGUCGAAGAAGGCAAACGUAUGCAAGGAAAGAUGAGCCGAUUGCGGGAGGAUGCUCAGAAUAAGCUUGAACGUGCUUCCAAAGAUGUACAAGAUUGCCUUCGCGAACGAGAUGAGAGCUUGCUUGGAUUACGACUGAAAGUUCGUCAGUUGGAAAUGGAUUUGAAAACAAGUCAGCAUGAAUUGGAAAUAAAG